UGAAUGUACGAAUGACUAUAAAAGCAUAGCGGAAUUCUGGAUAUCAUCAGAUCUGUUUUGCAGUUCGCUGACCAAUAACUGAAUAUCCCUUUCAGCAUGAAGUUUGUGAUUGUCCUCGCAUGCCUUUUGGCCGUUGCUUACGCUAAUGAUGCCGUUGUCACUAAGGAAUUCAGCGAAGUCAAUCCUGACAGCUUCAAAUAUGAGGUGGAAACUUCCGAAGGCAUCAAAGUUGCACAAUCGGGACAUCUGAAGGAUCCUGAGACAAUUGCUGUUGAGGGAUCAUACGAAUACGUAUCGAAGGAAGGAAAGCACGUCAAGGUUACCUACACUGCCGAUGAGCUUGGUUACCAUCCCGAGGUUUCUCAAUCUUAAACAAUCUUUUAAAACAAAAUAUCAAAGUCAAUAAAAUCUUAUAAAUCUCGCAAACUAAACUCGUUAUUC